CAACAAUAACUAACGGAGCAAUCCGUGCACUUCCGUUAAUGACACCGGCAGCGGAGUUGUAAUAACUGAUUGUGCAGCAAGAGGCUUGAUUCCGAGUGUCGUUUGAUUAUGGUGUAGAGGGAGCGUUUCUCUGAGACAGCAGAACCACAAGAUUACUUCUUUGUUGUAUGUGUGUACAACUGUGUGGUGGUGAGAAUAAAACUCUGGAUAUGGAACAUCUGCCUUGUUCUUGCCGGACAACCUGUAGUGAGUCAGAAAUGUAGUCAAUCAGCAUUAAGUCACUAGCAGAGAGAGCGUAGGGUAGCCAUGCUGACGUUGGCCAGUAAACUGAAGAGGGACGAGGGGGUGAAGACUGGCAGGGCCCCUGGGGGCCCCUCCGACUCCUCUCACAGGGUCUCUAUCAGGGACCGGCUGCUCAUCAAAGAAGUUGCAGAACUUGAAGCCAACCUUCCUAGUACGUGUAAAGCCAGCUUCCCUGAUGAGAACAAGCUACAUCACUUUCAGCUGGCUGUCUCUCCAGAUGAAGGCUACUAUCAGAGUGGAAAAUUCCAGUUUGAAAUAAACGUCCCUGAAGCUUACAACAUGGUGCCUCCCAAAGUGAAAUGUCAGACCAGAAUAUGGCACCCCAACAUCGCUGAGACGGGGGAGAUCUGUUUGAGUUUGUUGCGGGAGCACUCUAUCGACGGCACUGGCUGGGCCCCUACGAGAACAUUAAAGGAUGUAGUCUGGGGAUUGAACUCCUUGUUUACCGAUCUACUGAACUUCGAUGACCCAUUGAACAUCGACGCGGCCGAGCAUCAUCUGCGCGAUAAGGAGGAUUUCCGAAAUAAGGUUCAAGAUUACAUCAAGCACUAUGCCAGAUGAUGACUGCGUCAGCUGCGCCGGCUGCCUGCAACCCCCCCUUUCUUCGACUGCGCAGCUGAACCCCGCCCCCUAACGUCUCGUCAACCAACCAACCGCUGCACAUUGCUGACACGCCCUGACUGCAAUACAAUGACGCUGAAAGAAAGAAAAAAAGAUUUACAAGAAAAAUUGUUUUUUAAAAGUUUGAGGGAUUAUGCUUUAAUUGCCCUGAGUGGCCUAGAGUAAUCAUGCUGCGUCACCGCAGGGAUUGUCCAAUGACGGGGCCUCUCUGUGUGUCUGAGCCAAUAAUAGUGAGCGCAUGUGGCAGUGAGGACCCGGGAUUUAACCAAUCCACUUAGCUGUUAUUUAAGAAUUGACGAAUCAAAGAGAAAGAUUAUCUGUUAGUGUUUCUCAGUUCUAGUGCCUGCCAUGUCUGGUUGCAAAGAAAAUGCGCACACACACACACACACACACACACAGAAUCCCUUCACACACAUUGCAAAGCAAACGCACUCAACUAGUUACUCACAACACACAGCACUUGGUUGUGCAUGCACACCCACCCAGCCACACAGAAACACACACAGCUGGAAAAACAACAUCUCUGUUAUGUCACUCAUUCAAGGCCUGCACUCCUCCGCCCACACCCACCUCAUCAGACAGCAUGUGAAUGACAAGUGCCACCGACCCAGUCAGUCCCCAUUCUGUUGUCCACUUCACUCUGCAUACGUCUGAAAUGGCACACCUUUAUAUUACCCUACUUUUAACAAGAGCCCUAUAGGCCCUGGACAGAAGUAGUGCACUACAUAGGGAAUAGGGUACCACUUCAGACACGCCCACUUCCUGUCUGUUCUGUUCACUCAUCCACAGGGGGAACACAAUUUACCGGUGCCCCAGACACACUGUAACACUGUCCAGAUCAAGCUCCUAGGAAAAGACUCAAGCUGUACCACAGUACAAGUUCUACCACCACACCUGAACCUUGACCUUAUCUCAGCUCCCCUGACCUCUGGGGAAGCCAAGCGUAGAGGGCACUGUGCCUCUGAUAGUCUGUCUGUCUUGCUCCAUCCCUCCAUCCUGACGUUUCUCCUUCCACUCUCUUAGGCCCCACCACCCUCAUGCAUUCUCCUCUGCCCCCAUGGAGGUAAAGGGAAUACGAGGGCUCUCUUCUCUGCUAGGUUGUGUAUGAGAGUUCUCUGUUUUGAGGCAAGUGAGUGGGGUCUCCUCUGUAUGCAUGUCCUCAUGUGUCUGAAUGUCCCCCUCUCUGUGUGUGUGUGUGUGUGUGUGUGUGUGUGUGUGUGUGUGUGUGUGUGUGUGUGUGUGUGUGUGUGUGUGUGUGUGUGUUUCUGAGAGAUAUGUAGAUCUUUGAGUGUGUGGGUUUGUUGCUUCGCUUUGCCUGGGCUGGCUUUGUGCCUGUAUGUGUGCAUAUUGGAACGUUAGAUUCAGUGUCAUCACUGUAUUAAAAAAUUGUAUUCACAUGUUUGCAUGAGGCAAAAUGUAUGUGGCCAGGAGGUGGUGUAUUUUACAGUAGGUAUGUUAGAAGUGUGUGUGUGUGUGUUCAAAUGGACAGGGGUUCAUGUGACUUGUUUUUAGCAUGCUCUGGUUCCUAGCCCCACACUCCUUAUUUUACUGGUCCAGCUAGCCUAAUUCUCUGUGGGGCUCGGGAGGGUCUGUCUGUUCCUCAGUUUAAAUCCUCCUUUUCUUUCUCAGAUUGUAUAUCCAUUUUUUAAGAUAUAUUAAAGAGGAUUUAAUAAGGAAAAACAUU